GGGACAGGUUCUCUUUCCGGCGACCAGCUCGGCGAAGUGGUGGCGUGGUUGUUAUCAGGUCUAAAGCAGAUCAUUCAAUAUGAGUGUCCCGGCUUUCAUUGACAUUACUGAGGAGGAUCAGGCUUCAGAGCUGAGAGCCUACAUCAAAUCUAAAGGAGCUGAGAUUUCUGAAGAGAACUCAGAAGGUGGACUCCAUGUGGAUUUGGCCCAGAUUAUAGAAGCAUGUGAUGUCUGUCUCAAAGAUGACGACAAAGAUGUGGAGAGUGUGAUGAACAGCAUUGUCUCUCUGCUCCUGAUCCUGGAGACGGAUAAGCAGGAAGCUCUGAUCGAGAGCCUGUGCGAGAAGCUGGUCAAGUUCCGCGAGGGCGAACGCCCUUCCCUCCGAAUGCAGCUGCUAAGCAAUCUUUUCCAUGGCAUGGAUGAGAACGCCCCGGUGCGUUACACUGUCUACUGCAGCCUCAUUAAAGUGGCAGCCACCUGCAAUGCGAUCGCCUUCAUCCCAACUGAGCUCGAUCAGGUCAGAAAAUGGAUAACGGACUGGAACCUCACCACAGAGAAGAAACACACUCUGCUGAGACUGGUGUACGAGGCACUUGUAGACUGUAAAAAAAGUGAACCUGCAGCUAAAGUCAUGGUGGAGCUGCUGGGCAGCUACACUGAAGACAACGCUUCUCAAGCCAGGGUCGAUGCUCACAGAUGUAUUGUCCGUGCUUUAAAGGAUACCAACACAUUUUUGUUCGAUCACCUCCUGGCCCUGAAACCAGUUCGAUUUUUGGAAGGGGAACUUAUUCAUGAUCUGCUGACCAUCUUUGUAAGUGCAAAGCUAGCGGCAUAUGUGAAGUUUUACCAGAACAACAAAGACUUCAUCGAUUCCCUUGGUCUGUCACAUGAGCAGAAUAUGGCCAAGAUGAGGCUUCUUACCUUUAUGGGCAUGGCAGUGGAAAAUAAAGAAAUAUCAUUUGAUACCAUUCAACAGGAGCUGCAGAUUGGAGCUGAUGAUGUUGAAGCAUUUGUCAUUGAUGCUGUAAGAACUAAGAUGGUUUAUUGCAAAAUUGACCAGACACAACGGAAGGUAGUUGUGAGCCACAGUACACACAGGACUUUUGGAAAACAGCAGUGGCAGCAACUGUAUGACAGCCUCAACUCUUGGAAACAGAACCUGAACACAGUGAAAAACAGCCUUCUCAGCCUCUCCACUUCAACAUAAAAUCUCAAAACAGUGUUUUGACAUUUUUAUAUUUACAAAAUAAAAAAAGAGAUUAAUCAUU